AUGGUUCACACUCAGCAAGAUUCAAGAAAUGCUUCAAAACAUUUCCCAAAAAAACAUAUAUCUGGUUUUGAGAUUUUGAUUAACUUCAGGCAACCUAUUGGAAUAUCAAAUCAACCAAUUGGUACCAUAUUUUAUCUUGGUAUCAGAGCUUUCCAUAACCAUACUUUCGCAACACCUACAGAGGGCGAAAGCUUGUCCAAAUCGCAUUUGGCUCCAGGCGGUAACAGCAACAGUCUUAAGACUUCCGAUCCCGCAUCUCCAUUCUACUUAGGCGGUUCGAGUAACCCUGGUGUCAUCUUGACGACCGUCAUGCUGCGAGGGGAGGCCAAUUACGAAAAUUGGGCAAAGCUCAUGAAAAACGCUCUCAAGGCCAAAAAUAAAACCAGUUUCAUAGAUGGCUCUAUCAAAAAACCAGACAAGGAGAUCCAAGACGAAUGGUGUGCAUGGGAGAUGUGCAACUCCAUGAUCAAUGGGUGGAUUCGCAACACCAUUGAUGCCAAAUUACAACCUUUUAUUAAGUGCUUUGAUGACGUCAAAGAUUUGUGGGAGGACUUGAAGGAGAGGUAUGUUGUUCAGAAUUUUCCAAAACAGUAUCAACUCAGAGCUGCUCUCACAAACACACGACAACAAGGAAGUACUAUUGGUGAAUAUUACAGCAAGCUCCGCGCGAUCUGGGAUGAGCUCGAAGGUGGCAAGAUUUCCAAAUCAUGCGUUUGUGGAGAUAAUUGCGCAUUGGCGAAAGAGAUAGAAGAAGGCAGAGAAUAUGAACGCGUGUAUCAAUUCCUUAUGGGAUUGGAUGAGGAGGAGACACACCGCGCCAUUGCCCGCGGCCAUGAUGAUCGCAGAGCUGUCAUUGGCUAUGCAGCCCGCACUGAAGCCAGUGGCGGACGAGACCCUAACGAGCAACGUAUGCUUGCGGACCAACCAGUGGUUCAUCCUCCAUGUCCUCAUUAUGGGAAGACCAACCAUGAUCCAUCUCGUUGCUGGAAAAUUAUUGGUUUUCUACCUAUUCGUGGAGCAACUCGCGAACGGGGAAGGGGACGUAUUUGCGGACGUGGUUCUCAUGAACAAGUAUAUGCCAUGCAAACAUCUGACGUUCCUCAACCAGCAACCGUGUCGUCUUCACCGACAGCAGCUGCGUUCUCGGUUCUUACUCCUGAAGUGGUGCAUAAACUCAUGACAUUGGUAGAUAACUCUCAAACAAAUCAAACCACUGACAAAUUGUCUGGCACAUUGGAUUUAUUGACUGAUGUUAGAAAGAUUAAACCUCUAGCAGUGGGGUUACCUAAUGGUGCAAUUACUCAUACAGAACAACAAGGGACAAUGGACCAAGCAUUAAUGAGGGAGACUGGAUUUGGUGAUGUUCAUGCAGGAGUUUAUGUGUUUCAACCAAAGCAUGCUUCAGUUUCAACCGUAAGGGUUCAAGAGUCUGCAGAGUUGUGGCACAUGCGAUUGGGUCAUCCAUCCUAUGAAGUUGUGUCUUUGCUUCCUUUAUUUUCCCAUGUUUCAGCUAAAAUUGCAGCCAAUUUAUCCAUUGAUUUUUGGGAAGAAAGUGUGCUUGCAGGAGUCCAUUUGAUUAAUAGAACACCAUCCAAAAUCCUCUCUGGUCGUACACCUCAUGAUUUAUUAUAUGGGGUAGUUCCAAAAUAUGAACACUUGAAGACUUUUGGAUGUUUGUGCUUUGCUAAUGUGAGACCCAAACCUGCGGAUAAAUUUGCUUCUCGAUCCCACAAAUGCUUGUUUGUAGGAUAUCCUGUUGACCAGAAGGGUUGGAGAGUAUAUGAUUUAGAGAGUAACGAUUUUUUUGUAUGCAGAGAUGUGAAAUUUUAUGAAGAUAUUUUUCCCUUGUCUUCAUCAUCAUUGCAUGCAUCUAGUAAGCCAAAUGAUCCUCUACAAGAUGCAUCCAUGUUGCUGUCACAGCCCACCAUUAAUGACGCAAACCAUGCAGCCAUAACCGAAGGCAAUACAGAAGUCAAGGGUAGUGAUGUUGCACCACAAAAUUCACCGCUCCAAACCGAAAAAAGCAUACCUAGCACAUGGGUUUUCAAGAUUAAAUAUCAUUCUGAUGGAACCGUGGAAAGAUAUAAGGCACGGUUAGUUAUUGCAGGUAACCAUCAAAUAGAAAGAGAAGACUGUGGUGAGACAUAUGCGCCAGUUGCAAAAAUGACAAUUGUUGGAACUCUUUUGGCUGUUGCAGCAGCUAAGCAGUGGGAACUACAUCAACUAGAUGUGCAUAAUGCUUUUCUAAAUGGAGAGCUUAGUGAAGAGGUGUAUAUAAAGUUUCCACCAGGAUUUAGUAAUGGAACCAAAGAUCAAGUUUACCGUUUGAAAAAGUCACUCUAUGGUUUAAGACAAUCCCCAAGAAACUAG